GGCCGCUCAUCCGCCCAAUCUCCACUCCAGUCUGAGCGGUUUGUCUGGAUGCAGCAGUGUGUCAACUGUGACACGAGCUCUGAACAGAUGGACCACCUACAUUUGAAGAUGAUGUGGAGUGUUGUGAUCCUGCUGGCCGCUGCCCUCAGUGUGGAGUCCUACACCGUCCAUGACCUUCAUGAGCGUUUGGCCCAUGGUCGCCAGCUGAAGAUCUAUCUGCCCAAAAGUGUGGAGAAGCUGGAGUUUAUCCCAGCUGAUGAGCCCGGCAAGACCUUUCUGUACUGGGAGAAGGGCAGACACAGGACAAACAAAGGCAGGGUGUCUGGCACUGGCAGUGACCGUCGCUGGUACAUUGACAAGGUAACUUAUGAGGACCAAGGGACAUACAUCCAAAGAGACUUCUGGAAUAAAGAGAUCUCCACUGUCAAAGUGGCCGUCACACCCAGACACAACUACCUGAAGUGUAUAGCAGGAGAGAGUCUUUACAUCUCCCUGGAGGGUCUUGACCUGGCUGAUGCUUUCCUAACAUUCUCUAAAGAGAGUGCCAACUUAACACUGGUGCGUGAUGGUGCUCGGGUGUCUCAGGACCUUCCGGAUUAUUGGGACCGGGUUCUGACCCACUCCAUGAACAUCGAGAUCAGGAAUGUGAACUUUAGUGAUGAGGGCUAUUACACCCUUAAAGACCGCAGGGACCGCGUGGUGUCUGUUACCAGGAUGGACCUAACAGACCAUCAUGAAGAAGGAAACCCUCUCUUGGCUCUGCUCUUACUGCUGGGCAUCCCAGCUGGGAUUUGCUGCUGCUGUCGGAAGAAGAUUUUCAAGAAGAAGGCCACCACUGCUGCGACGCUGCAGACUACACCAGAUGCAGUCCAUCCUCCUCCCAGUGGUCCCACUGGACCUUGUCCUCCCUACAGCUCUCCUGGACAACCAGGAGUGGCUCCUACAGUCCAUCCUCCCCCUGCACCAACAGGCCCAGGACAGUGGAACGGCCCCCCACCCUCCCCAGGUUUUAACCCAGCCUACCCACCCCAAAACCCUGCCUACCCUCCUGCCGGUCCAGCUAUGAUCCCCCCUGGCCAGCCUCCACAAUGGAACGGUCCACCACCAGGCCAGUACCCACCCGGGCCUGCAGCUCCAAUGGGCUAUGGUCCAGCUCCAGUCAUGUAUAGCGCUGCUCCACCACCAGCAGCCAGUGGACCUCCUGAGGAGGUUAAGAUGCAGAAUAUGGCUUCCUCACCUACCGACCCCUUGCUGUCCAACACACCACAGGGUGUAGCUGCAUCUUCUCCUGUGGCUCCUGUGGUCCCCUCCAACAUUCUCAGCUCUUCUGAUAGUGACUGCACGUUCAAGAUCGAAGGAGACAAAAGCACCUCCUUCCUGUAAGGAUGCGAUCUCUGGAGCAUCUUCCUCCCAGUCCUUCCUCACUUCGAUAUUACAUCUGUGACCAGGCGCAGGUGGAAACAAUGGACAGGAUUUGGACAGUAGACUCUUUUCUUUAUCUCCUUGCCUAGAUUAGUAUUUUAUCCCCAAUUUGAAUAUGGAAAUAAUGUUUUCAUAGUCUAAAUGAGCAGUGACGUCUGGUAUAAAGUCUAGUGGCUCAGGCAGCUGAGUUUUGGCAGCAGGACUCAGUUAUUUGAGGAUCAAAUUUCCAGAGGUGAGGAGAUAAAGAAAGGUGUUUUCUUGAAGUGUUAGCAUGUGGUAUAGAAAUGUGUGGAAUAGAAAUGUAAUAACUUCUGAAGGGUAAAUCUUAAAAACAGGGCUGGGUUCAGUUUAAGAGAUGUCAUAGCAAAUGAUUGUGGCUUUUAUCCACAGUUUCACUGAUUCCAGCCCCGUUUUUUUUUUCUUUGAUUAAUUUCUGUUUCUGAUGAGCCAGAAAACCCCAGAAAUCAAAGAGAUUUACUCAGAAAUCAAAGUCUAGGAGCAACAAAAGGAAACAAACCAGUCCGCAGAGAAAAACCACUGACGGAAAAUCAGUCAAUAGCAACAGCUAACAGACGUCUUGGAUGAGAAAUGUGUCACUGACAAAUAAGUUGCCUUGAGGUGUGUUCAGACUAAACAUUAGGGUGACCAGAUGUGACUGGGUGAAAUUCGGGACAGGCGAGUUGGGCGUGGCCUCCAGUACAUCAGUGUCAACCAACGGUAAAACACAUGAAAGUCAAAACGCGACACUAAAAUUGUUUUUGUUUUUGUUUGUUCUUCCUGACUAUUUACACACAGGUAACAGAUAUGUAACAGUUAUUUUAACGACUUUUACAGAAGCUAAGAUUGUCUUUAAGCUGUAGGAGCUUAUAAGUACAUUUUAAAAUAUUUUUUUAAUAAUUUUUUAUCUUCCCACAGUACACUCUCCAUCAUCUUGUUUAAAACUUGUUGAAUAACAUCAGCGAUCUGUUAUUUAUAUAGCCAAAUUCCGGCAAGAGGCAAAUGAAAACACAAUGACAGCCUACAUAACCAAUUUGAUCGAUUAAUUUUCACUGUUUCAGUGAGUAAAAAAACUACUCAUCUACUAUAUGUAGACUAAGUUAUAGUUUAAUGAAAGGAUUUUCUUGUUUGCAUAUAGAGUCGUCUUUACUCUGGUGUCAGCAGCUUGUUGUGCAUUUCUCCGUUAUUAUUAAUUAUGCACAACAGCGCUGUGAAACACACAAUAUGUUAAGUGCAGCAUUUGCAAUAUUAUAAUAUAAUACUAUAUGUGCAAGUCUGAGCCGACAGACGACUCUUAUUAACCUGGUAGGACCAUCCUGAUAUCAGUCUGGUCUCUGUGCCACCCCAAACACUUUCAGUAGGCGGGAGUUCUCACCUUGACAGACAGACUCCUUCAGUGCUUGCUGCUUUGAGAGCCACCAUUACUGUUCCGCAAGCUUUGGCCUGCAUUUUACAUCAUCUACAUUGUGAUUCCCUGAUUUUUCCCCAAUUGGAUUUUAAUUUCUGGAAAGUGUUUGGAGUCCAGACUGAUACAAAGAGCAAAACUGAAAUGUUGGGCUCACGUCAUCAGGAUGAUCUUACCAUCGUAUUAUCUUAUCGUAUUAUCUACUACUAUAAUGCUUAAUGUGUGGGACAAACAGGACAGGAUUCGGGACAACUGUUCAUAAUUCGGGACUGUCUCAAAUUUCUCGGGACAUCUGGUCACCCUGCAACACUUGAAGAAAAUGUUUGUCUCUGGAUCUGACCAGAGGUUUCUAGCUAGUUAACAGUCACUAACAGUUUGUGUAUAUAUGUGUGUAAGAUGUCUCAGAGUGAUUUCAAACUUAGCAUCAGCUAACUCAUUGACCUUGGGCAAACUUAGAUCCAUCCCUGUCCAUCUGUCCAUUAUAUUUUACCUGGAGCACCAGGUUUGCUCCGGGUGCCUUUGUCUUGGUGCUGCUUAACACACAACAACCUGGAUGACUGAGAAUCUUCACAGACAAAAAUGUCAUACAACUUUUUGUAAGACUCUAUGUUGGCACCAGAUGAUACAGGAGCCACCUUAAGGUCCUUGACAAAUCACAGUCUCUGAGGUAACCACCUGGACCAUUAUUCCUGGUUGGUGAUCUAGCCUUAGCCGUGGGUCUGGAGUUAGGUUGUGGUCUCAAAUUCGGCAAUACCAGUUGGGUUCAGCGGGUUAGGGUCUUGAAGGUGUACUAUGCAGGAUUGUUGGUUACUAUUUGUUAACAUGCUCCAAUAAGAGUCACUCUCAUUAUUUUUUUUCCCUGCUAAGUAAGCGUUUUUCUGGCACUUUGUCUCCUGGAUGCCUGUUGCUUACGGUCUAGCACCUGUCCACUACCUUUUUUUAUAAGCCCCGACUUCACCUGAGCGCUGUGGGCUUACAGGUCUACAAAAAUCCCCAGCACAGAAAAUAAAGAUGCGAGCAGAGGGCAGAGUCUUUGUAGAGAGUUACACCGCCACAUACUUCUAGUGGGCCAUAUAAGUGAUGAUUGAGAGGGAUUACUUCUGUAUGACCAUGACCAUGAGCUCUGAGUAGUGACCGAAAGAAUGAGAUCACAGAUACAAGCAAUCGAAAUGAGUUUCAUCCGUUGGGUGGCUGGGCUCAGCCUUAGAGAUAGGGUAAGGAGCUCGGACAUCAGGAGGGAGCUCAGAGUAGAGCUGCUGCUCCUUCAUGUCGAAAGGAGACAGUUGAGGUGGACCGGGCACCUGAUCCUGGGAGCCUUCCGUUAGAGGUGGUCCGGGCACGUCCAGCUGGUAGGAGGCCCUGAGGUAGACCCAGAACACGCUGGAGGGAUUACAUAUCUCAUCUGGCCUGGGAACGCUUUGGAGUUCCCCAGGAGGAGCUGGAAAACAUCUGGGGUGCUUUGCUUGGCCUGCUGCCCCCAUGGCCCCAAUUUCCGACUUCUGUAUGAGUCUAUACUUUUUUUUUAAGGGAAAAUCCUGCUUAGUAUAUCUAUAAAGACUCAGGUAUGGUCUUGCUAUCUGAAACAGAAUUCUCAAAUCAUGAUGUCUGAUCAUUUUCUGAUGAGGAGAGUUGACUGAAACAGAAUUUCUAAAACAAUAGCUACCUCAUUUUGGGAUUCUGUGCCUCUUCAUAGGUCAACAUUAUCAAGUUUGUAUUGAAUUUUUAUUGAAUAUUUGAUUGUAUGAAUUUGUGCGUCAAAGUCAAAUUGAAAUCACCACAGACCCCCUGAAUCCUCAGAUGGUAAUUAUUCCAUUCAAAUGACCUGGUGUGGUUUGAGGUCCAGCUGUUGUAAAUGCUAACUAUACCGUAAGAAUGCUACCAGUAGAACCACUCUGACUGCCUUUGAGGGCGGCUUCAUGCCUCCUUACUAUUACAGCUAAAAACAUAUCACUCAUUAUCCAUUCAGAGCCUGUGUCCCAGCCUUCUGUCACCAAGCCACAGUCAAGCAGGAAGUAGCAGCAUUUAUACAAAGUAAACCUGUGUGACAGUGUAGCAGCGUAGUGUUUGUCAGUUAUUGCCUUCACUUCUGUCAUAAACAUGUAGGUAAGCAAAAAAAUGCUAACUAAUACAGACCAAGUGCCACCGCACCAACACGUUUUCAGCUCUGGUGCUUUGUUAUUCUUUGGAGUGUCACUGUGUCCCUCCUGCUAUCCAAGAUGGAGGUCAGAAAUCUUCCUACUCAUCUAGAGCGUUCAACUUUAAAACCACUAAUAGGCCUUUGUGGAACUGUAAACAGCAUCAUUUGAUUCUGGAGGUGUUUAAAUACAGUGAUCUUUGAUAUUGAUGGUCUAAUGUUGGCUGAAUUCCAUUUAGGUUCUGCCUUUGAUGUCCAGGCUACUAGGUUUUUGGAGUCACAUGUUAAACUGGGACAAACCUUUUACCUUUGUCUCCUAGAUCUGAUGUUCCUCACAUGUUGCAAUGGUGAGAUGAGCUGUGGUUCACAUAAUGUUGAGUAUGUGAUUGUUUUUAUUGUUUUUUAGUAAAUGUAACCAAUGAUAUUCACAAAGCGUACAUGUAGUUUAUUGUAAUGGGUGUUAAUUGUAGUUGGAGACACGGUCAAAAUGGCUCAGUUUUUGUGAUAUUUUGGAAUCUGUCAGUUCCACCCACCACUAUGCCAAUGAACAAAGGUUUCCUACCUCUCAUUUUGUAUCUCAAAUGAUACAGCAUACAUACUGUAUAUGGAUGAGCAACUCUGUGUCAAUGAAACUACGCAUGAAUAUGAAA